CGAACUCGACACCGACGACAACCAGCUAACCCGCCCAACCAGCCAACAUCCCCAUCAGUCAAAAUGGCCCCCAAGGACGCGAAGAAAGGCGGUGCCUCCAAGGCGCCUAAGGGCUCCAAGCAGGCCAACAACGCUGCCAAGGCUGCCCUGAAGGGUGCCCACGGUCACUACAAGAACAAGGUCCGCUACACCACCUCGUUCCACCGCCCCAAGACCCUCGUCGUCUCGCGCGCUCCCAAGUUCCCCCGCAAGUCGAUCCCCCACGCCCCCCGCCUCGACGAGCACAAGAUCAUUGUCCACCCCCUCAACACCGAGUCCGCCAUGAAGAAGAUUGAGGAGAACAACACCCUCGUCUUCAUCGUCGACGUCAAGUCCAACAAGGCCCAGAUCAAGCAGGCUCUCAAGAAGCUCUACGACAUCGACACCGUCAAGAUCAACACCCUGAUCCGCCCCGACGGCUCCAAGAAGGCCUACGCCCGUCUCACCCCCGACGUCGAUGCUCUUGACAUCGCCGCCACCAAGCUGGCUCUCGUUUAAAGCGGAUAUUACCUUUCGCUAGGGACUGGAAGUGGGAAUGGGAAAUGAAAAAGUAAAAAGCUAUUCGGGUUCAUUGACUGUAAAAGGCAUUGGCAUGGGCGUCUCAAGGUUGUUGAUACAGAUUCCCCAGGAGUGGCAUCUCCUCGAGGGCACCAAUCGAUUCUCCCGGUACUCAGGCUGGGGUACCAUGACCGUGUUCAGUCUCAAAAAUGCUCAUGAAUGCGGAAUUCGCUUCCUGUGACAAAUUUCGUCCAU